CAGCACCUCAUUCUGAUUGGCCAGAAGCAAAAGCCCCGCUGUAGGCUUUCACGUCAGACGCGUCCAAAAGAACGACGUCAUCGUUCCUCGCCAAGGUUUGCAUCACGAUCUCAAAUUCGCCUGCAAAAGCGUCACUCACUUUGCGCCUCCAUCACUAAACCCUUAUUUCCCCAUAAACACCUCGCCUCACCUCACCACACUCACCAAUACAGCAAAUAGUUCGAUGGACUUUUCCUGCCACGUCCACAUAAACAACGAAUCCUCCCAGGAUCUCCUCCUCGAAGACUCCGGCCUCGAAAGCGGAAACUGGCCAUUACGUCAGCCCCUCAAUGUAAUCGAAGCCGGAACUCAACAGACCAUCUACCUCGUCCAACCGAGCUGGGGAGGCUCAAAAGCAUGGGUUACGUAUGAAGCGAGAUAUGGACAGGGAUGGAGGAAUUUUACUCUCGAGUUUGAGUGUCCUGCUAUGCCGUUUUCAAAGAACCAUAUUAAGGUGAAGGAUUGCUCGAGGGUCUUUAAGAUUGAUGUUACGGAUGUUCAGGAGCGGGGGAGUCCUUUGACUGCGAAUGUAACGAUCCGAAUGGACUCCAAGAAGUCUAUAAAUACUAAGAACGAUGAUAUCCGAGCAAACUACGACAUCGGCGUCGGCGUCUCAUUCCCUACGAAAAUGGACAUAAAAUUCCCCGUUCACGAAAGCAUCGUAGUAGCAGCUUUUAUCGAAUCCGACAUGACAUUCCCCCGUGGCACAGUCUACAACAACAUCAACGACAAGCAAUGGGAGUUUUUCCGCGGUGUAGUCUGGAACGACGAUCCCUCCUGUCUACUCUUCGAGGAUGUCACCGAAGAUAAUCGCAUGUUUGGCUUAGGUGUUGAGUGGUUAAAUGCGUUCAAAUUUGGCGAUGAGAAAUGCAUGACCAAGCGAUCACAUAUGGGAGAUCUUCAGUUCUUUCAUGGUAUGGGCUCAGUAAUGGGUGAGAAACCGCAGGAGACGCGGAAGAAUAUCCUUACGUGGAUGGAGGUCAUGUACAAGCUUGCAUGCGGUGAUCAAGGCGUCUCAGAAGACGACACCCUCGACGACGUCCUACCCGGCUUCUUCACCAAAGAAACCGUCCCCUCAAAAUCCUCCAGCCUCCGCGAUCUAAUCCUCGCCACAACACCAAAAUACAAAGCCGCCGACAUCCGCAAACGCGCAUUCGGCAUCUGUCUCCACAUGAUCUCCGACUCCUACGCCCUAGGCCACACGCAACGCCGUCUCCGCAACCCCUCCGAUCUAAUCGAGCGCGACACAGCAGGCUACAUCCGCUUCAAACCCGACACCUACGGCGACUGGGGCUCUAUUAUUUGCUUCCACGCAUACAACGACCAAGACGGUGAUCGUCACUCUCACUAUGAUGAUAAAGACGGUGAACAAGAUCCUGCGCCGAGAGAUGUUACGACGUUUAAUGAGAUUGUUGGUGCGAGGAAUGCUAUCGUGGGGUGUACGGAGAUGAUUAAUUUGUUUAUCAAGAAGACGCCUUGGAAGAAGGGUGUGAAGAAGUUUCUGGAGGAUGAGAUUUUUGUUCUGGAUAGGGAUGUUAAACCCUCUGAUCAUUUUACUGAUGAGAGUGUUGUAUCGUAUGUUUAUGCGCAGAGGGAUGAGGAGAGUGAGUAUCGGGCUGGGCUGGAGAGAAAGCUCGCCUCUUUGGAGGAGGGUGGACUGAGUGUUGCGCCGAAGAAGUGCGAUGGAAGGUCAAGGGCUGCUUUAGUGUUGGCGAUGCUGUGUCUUUUCAUCAGCGCCACCUUCUUCACGUUCUUUACGAUGAAGAUUCACGGACUUGUGUGUUAAGAGAACGAAUGGGAAUGGUUUAGGAUUGAGGGCACAGGGACAAGUUGGGUUAUUGUAUAACGGCAAUGGUUGGGAUAGCGUUGUAUUUAUCAUUAUACCACUCCAAAAUUGAUAAUUUGUAAUACCGCAA